CAGCGGCUCUUUAUAUAACCCCGAGGUGUGCGGGACCCCGCCUACUCUUCUCACGGCCCUUCCCCAAUCAAUGUGAGCGGCUCUCGGAAGGCGGAAGAUGGCGUUCCUGCAGAGUCUGGGGCUCCCCUGGAAGGUGACACUAAAGUGUUCUGUGUUUGCAAGUGGAUUCCUGAGAAAACAAAGAACCAGCUGUCUGUACUCCCACAUUCGUACAGUUCACAAGUACAUACCUCGAAGAGCUGUACUAUAUAUACCUGGAAAUGAUGAAAGAAAAAUCAAAAAAAUAGCUACUCUCAAUGUAGACUGUGCAGUGCUAGACUGUGAAGAUGGUGUAGCCAUCAAUAAAAAGGUUGAAGCACGGAAGAAUAUUGUUAAAACACUUGAAGAAUGUGAUCUUGGGAACUCUGAAAAGUGUGUCCGGAUUAACUCUGUGACCAGCGGCCUUGCAGAAGAAGAUCUGGAAGUCAUCUUGCAGUCAAAAGUCUUGCCCUCCUGUAUCAUGCUCCCCAAGGUGGAGUCUGCUGAAGACAUAAAUUGGUUUACAGAAAAGUAUCUACACCAUUUAAAAUGUCGAAAGCUUUCACAGCCAAUUUAUUUGGUCACUUUUGUGGAAACUGCCAUAGGACUACUCAACUUUAAGAGUGUUUGUGAAGAAGCAUUGCGGAGAGGACCUCAAGCUGGCCUUCACCUAGACGGAGUCGUAUUUGGAGCAGAAGAUUUUAGAGCCAGUAUAGGUGCAACAAGCAGCAAAGACACUCAUGAUGUUCUGUAUGCCAGACAGAAGAUUAUUGUUGUUGCGAAAGCAUUUGGACUGCAAGCCAUUGAUCUUGUUUACAUAGACUACAAGGAUGGAGAAGGACUUCAGAGACAAGCAAGGGAAGGAGCCCUGAUGGGGUUUUCUGGUAAGCAGGUGAUUCACCCAAGCCAGAUUCCUAUUGUCCAGGAGCAGUUUACUCCGAGUGCUGACAAAAUAAAAUGGGCCCAGGAAUUGAUUUCUGCUUUCGAAGAGCAUCAAAGAUUAGGAAAGGGUGCAUUCACUUUCCAUGGGAGCAUGAUAGACAUGCCCUUGCUUAAGCAGGCACAGAACAUCGUUACGCUUGCCAGAGCCAUCAAGAACGAAUGAUGUGUUAAAUGAAGCUCUCGCCAGGAGUCCGCUCCAUACAGCACUUGUCUUCCAUGCCAAGAGGGAGACUUGAGAAAUGCGACCAGGGAUGCUUCAGUCUAUUGAUAUCAGAAUAGUUAUGCAUUUAUUUUCUGUACAUGUAUACCAUUCAUUAAAAUAAAUGUCAAAUCCAGUA